AUGGAUGAUAAUCAAAAGGAAAUCAUUGUAGCUGAAAAAGAGAGAAACGCCCCAAAUGUUGAUGCAACAAAGAUUGAUCAGCUUAUUCUAGACGCUAGUGAUCAAUCUGAGACUGAUGAGUAUAAAGGGUUUCUUGACUUGGGCUUUAUGGCACAAGUUGUUGUUCCUUUGAGUGUUGUUUACCCUGAUUCAUAUUUUGAGGGGGAGAUUCCUCAAGGAACCUACAAUGACAUAGAAUCUAAGGAUAAAAAAAUCAAUCCUCGGAAGAGGAAGGCUUCCUUCUCAGGGCGAGUCACUGACACUAAAACUGGAAGCUCUUCUACCACUAGUGAUGGAGCAUAA